AUCAGCUGAUGCCUGAAAAUGCCACUGCUGGCCAGGAAGUGCUCAAGAAAAUAAAAACGAAAGCACGCAGAGGACUGAAGUCAACAUGCGCUAAUGCUCCGGGUGCUUUCCGUCGUCGGCCAGGAUAAUACUAAAUUGCUUGCACGAAGUCUAACCUAUGCCCCUUGAGGUUGGUGUUCACGUAAAGUAUUAUUUCACCCCAUUUCUAAUUCCUUCCACUGAUGUUACAAAAGCAAAAGCUUUACAAAGCGUGCUAUGUUUCACGCUAGUGUCUAAUCAGCAAUGUAACAUAAGGAAGAGGAGAAGAUGGCUUGCGGACAGGCCUGGGGAAAACUGGUGAAAGUCAACGCAUCUCCGGGUUCAGAGAUAUUGCUCAUAAACAGAGAAUGCACGGUGGGGAGAAAAAAAGAUUGUGACCUCUCAUUCCCGGCUAAUAAACUGGUCUCAGGAAAUCAUUGCAAAAUCACUCAAGAUCAGAACUCAGGGCAGGUGUGGCUGGAGGACAUGAGCACCAAUGGAACGGUGAUCAACAUGUCCAAAGUGGUGAAGAAACAGACGCACUUACUGCAGGAUGGUGACGUCAUUCAUUUUGUGUACAGGAAGAACGAGCCAGAGCAAAACAUUGCUUAUGUUUAUCAGGUCGUCGGGCCGCAGGGAAGUGCCUCACAGGACACUGAAGAUGCUGGAAGAGAAGAAGAUUCAGAUCUGACGGAAACCGAGAGUGAACCAGUGCCAGUAGAGCCCGUUAUUGUGAAGCCUCUACCUCAGUCUGGGCAUGAAGAUCCUCAACCAUCUACCUCCAGCUCUUCCUUCCACUUCUACAACAUGCCCUUAUCUAGCUGCUCUGCAGAUGUGUCUGCUAAGAAGAACCCAGUGAGUUCUUCGGUUGUCUGUAAAGGAGAAUCCGAGAUGACGGCACCAGCAAGCAGCCCUGGAGAGCCGGUCAUGAAGCACACUCGCCUGAAGUGGACCUGCUGGACCGAGGGAGGCCAACAGACGGAGCCCGAGCUGGAAAUGCAGAGGAAAAGGAGAAAAACCGACAAAGAUGAUCUGAAUGGGUGUGGAUCUUCUCACGGCGACUCUGCUGUUUCUGCAGCAGCUCCUCGGGUCUCUUUCGGAGGAGCGGCAGGGAAAGAGAAAACCGAGGGAGCCACGACAGACAAAAUGGAAGAAUCCCUCACGUGCAUCGUCUGCCAGGACUUGCUGCACGACUGUGUCAGUCUUCAGCCCUGCAUGCAUACGUUUUGCGCUGCCUGUUAUUCCGGCUGGAUGGAGCGCUCCACCCUCUGCCCCACCUGCCGAUGUCCUGUAGAGAGGAUCCGUAAAAACCACAUCCUCAACAACCUGGUGGAGGCUUACCUUCUCCAGCACCCAGAGAAGUGUCGCAGUGAAGAGGAACUGCGCAGCAUGGAUGCCCGAAACAAGAUCACUCAGGACAUGCUGCAGCCGAAGGUCGAGCGCUCCUUCUCAGACGAGGAGGGCAGUUCAGACUAUCUGUUCGAACUCUCGGACAAUGACAGCGACAUAUCUGACAUGAGUCAGCCCUAUAUGAUGUGUCGGCAGUGCCCUGGUUAUCGGAAGGAGCUCAGCUCUGCCCUGUGGAUCUGUGAGCCCGCUCAAACCGAAGGGCCCGCUAAAGGGCCCGGAGACGGCCCCUCCACAUCUUCUGAAAGCUCCCCAGCAGCUCCUCAGGAGUUCAGGUGUCCUCCUCAGGGCAGUCACCUCAUCUGCUCCUGCUGCCUGCAGCCCAUGCCUGACCGCCGCUUCGAGCAUCUCCCCCCUCAGGUGUCUCCGCAGCACUGUAUGGUGUGCCAGAAAGCGUUCUGUCAUGUGUACUGGGGCUGUCAGAGGAUCGGCUGUCACGGAUGCCUGGCGCGCUUCAGCGAACUUAACCUUAACGAUAAAUGUCUGGAUGGAGUUUUUAAUGGCAAUCAGUAUGAGUCUGAAGUGCUUCAGAAUUAUUUGACGUCUCGAGGAAUGAGCUGGAGGCACAUGCUGCAGGAAGCGCUUCAGGCCGUACAGCAGGGCCUGUACCAGCUCUCUGAUUACAGAAUCACUGCCAGCUCUUUCCUCUGCUACUGCUGCGGACUUCGCACUUUUAGAGAGCUGGCGUAUAAAUACAGAGAGCAUAUCCCCGCAUCAGACCUGCCUGAUUCUGUGAGUGCCAGGCCGAACUGCUACUGGGGACGCAACUGCCGGACUCAAGUCAAAGCACACCACGCUCUGAAAUUCAACCACGUGUGUGAGCAGACCCGUUUUAAGAACUGAAGCCGGAGGACCGGGGUCAUACCUCUGCGCUCCUCUAGAUGGCAACUUCACAUAUGCAAAGUCAAUCAGAUGAUGAUGAUCGAUCGUCCUCGAGGUAUGGGCUCAGCGCAUGGAGACGUCUGAUCUGGAUCUGCACCGUGUGUAGAAGCGGACGCUGGUUUUCCUGACGGAGCGCCCGUCACACUUUCAGUAUGCACACUUCUUUCCACUGUGCUUUCGUUCCUCAGCUCUGCUUAUAAUUGUAAAAAUCACCUUCUCGCGCAUAAAGACAUUUGGCUUCAGCCUUAUACGAUAUACAAAAUAUACAACUAACCUACGGUGCCUAAGUGCUCUUUCUUUGCAUAUGUCACAUACUACUUCCAUUUUAAUGUCCUUUCACUAUUAUUAUUAUUAUUAUUAACUGCUUAAGACAUUUCAAUGCUACUGAGAAUGUGGAAAAAAUGUAUGUUCUGAAAAGGGACGAUGCACCGUGCACACAUUAAGUAUUGAGCAUUUGCAUUAUUUGCCAUGUGAAGACGAGGUGUUUAUUUCUCACUCACUCUCCAGCCUGUUCUGAAGGCCUGUGAGACUAUGGGUUAUAUCGCACUGCAGGGGAUAAUCAAGUCGAAUCUGAUGUAUAAUAAAGGCUUAGAUGCUUUUGCACAUCUCGUUACGAUUACGGAGUUUUUGCUUUUGCAAACAAGGCCAGUUUUUAAGCACCGGAUGAUGCUUUUCCAUGCAUUGUCCUCUGUACGAAGAGAUUAUAGUUUUUCUUUCACUUUUAGGAUCGGUGAUAUCAUAGGUAGGCGGCAAUGCCAUAUAAUAGCUGUUUAAAUAUUUCAGUAUUUUCUGACUAGGCUAGAGCUGUAUUUCUGGGCUAGAAAGUUUUUUCCUUUUUCUUAUUCCCGUCUUCCCCGAGAAGUUUUAUUUCAGUUGGUGUAUAUUUGUAACACUCAGCUGAUUCUUGUUCAACUCUGUAAACCACAUUGGUUUUAGCCAUAGUUUUUUUUUUUUUUUUUAAAAGUUUAACGAAGCCAAUGCGAUCCACGAAGCGGUUACCACAGGCAGUGUUUAAAAUGUGCCGUUAAGCAUCAAAGCCACGUGAAAAAUCUUAAAGUUAACAUUUUACACUUCAACCUUAAUUUGCGUCAUUUAAAAAAAAAAAAUCGAAAGCAUAAAUAGCUCCUGAAAGUAGGUGCACGCUGUGAUAAGUAUGUCCAAAAGUCCUGCAGGGAACAUGUUGCGUCACUGUUAGAUCGAACGUGAAGUAUUGUUGAAAAUGUUUGCUUUUCGGCCUUGUUUUUGGGGUCUGUUGUUCCUCGCGCCACAGCAUUCUUCAGAGGCUCAGAUUAGACUUCCUCCAACUAUAGAGGUCAAUCCUCUACAUCCCUCGCCAGCCUCUACUGCGCUUUAACGGAGGAGUUCGGCACACUAAAACUUCACACAUUGACCUAAUGGCAGCUGACAAACACUUCUUCCUUAGUGAAUGUUGCGUUUUUACAGGAUAACAGACCCUGCCGUUCAUUUAAAAGUUUGUAUUGGAAACGAAUGCUUUUUUCACCUUUAUUUAGCUCCAUUGCGUUGCAUUUGUUAGAUGCAGCUUUCCCCAAAUUGUAAUUUAACUGGUAUGCAAAAGAUUUGUGGCUUUCUAGCAUCUCCCUAAACGUUUUUAUGUCCAAUAGACCGACGAACCUUCUGUUGAAACCACGUACGGGCUCUUGUAUAAACCUUAAAGAUGAUUUUAGCUUCGUUGAAUCGGGUCUAUAAGCAGGAAGGGUUGUGGGAUUUAAUCAGGAGUGGUCCUGAAUCUUAGAGACGCUUUGGAGGCUGCUUUGCAUUUAUUGAAAGGGAGAUAUACUCUGCAAAUAUUUACUUACUUUCAGAAAAGGGGGUGUUUAAUUCUACCUCAAAGUUUAAGCUGGGGCUUCAGAUGGAGAAGAAAUGUGUUCGGGUUUUUGAGUAACUGUUGGAAAGCACUGUUAACAUUUUAUAGUCGCAUUAGCGCUUGCUGUGCCUCAUGUUUUGAAUGCCUAGAAAUAAACCUGAGACUAAAACCCUGUUUCAUGUACUGCACUAAUAAUAAAAAACUACAUUCGUAUA